CGAGGCGUGUGGCCGCCACACUGCGAUCCCCAUCCAUCUUCUCCGCACACGCUACACUCCUCUCGAUCGAUCUUCUCCUCCCGUCUCGAUCAGCUGAUUCGCCCAGCCUCCGGUAGCUUGCUUGUGCUUCGUAUCCAUGGAUCCUCACCACAGCUCCCACGUCCAUGCCGGAGCCGCCACUCCUAACUGCACGUGCAGGUUGCCCAAGGAGGAGGAUCUAGCCGCCGCCGUCGUCGUCGUCGACGUCGAGGCGGCUCCUCACUACACGUCGUUGAAGGCGGCCGAGGCCGACGUCGUCCCGAGAGGAGUCGGCGGCGGCGGCGGCGGUGGCGAAGGGGACGGUGGCGAGGAGUGAACUACAUGGCCCGCGCGCAGUGGCUCCGCGCCGCGGUCCUCGGCGCCAACGACGGGCUCGUCUCCGUGGCGUCCCUCAUGAUCGGCAUCGGCGCCGUGAACGAAAACAACAAGGCCAUGCUCGUGUCCGGGCUGGCCGGGCUCGUGGCCGGCGCGUGCAGCAUGGCCAUCGGCGAGUUCGUGUCCGUGUACGCGCAGUACGACAUCGAGGUGACGCAGAUCGAGCGCGACGGCGACAUCGACGGCGCCGAUGCCGCGGCCGCGAGGGAGAAACUGCCGAGCCCGACGCAGGCCGCGUUCGCGUCGGCGCUGGCGUUCGCGAUCGGCGGCCUCCUGCCGUUGCUGACGAGCGGGUUCAUCAAGCCGUGGGGCCCCAGGGUCGGCGUCGUGUGCGCCGCGAGCAGCGUCGGGCUGGCCGGCUUCGGCGCCGCGGGCGGGUACCUCGGCGGCGCCAACAUGGUGAGGUCCGGCACUAGGGUCCUCCUCGGCGGCUGGCUCGCCAUGCUCAUCACCUACGCCGUGCUCCGGCUGUUCGCGACGAUCUUUCACGGCAUGAACAUCUCGUCGUCGGCGUGAUGAUGCGUGUGACGCAGAAAUCGAUCUAUCUGGAGAUGAAAAAGAAAAUAAUCAAGGGGUUGUGCUAGCUAGCUGUUUAAUUAACUACUCUUGGUUUGCCAGUAGUACUGUACCUAGUGGCUGAUUAUUAACUAGCGAAUCCCUGGAUACCGAACUGGGAAUAAUCAGGGGGUGUAAGUGUAAUGGUUGUUGUGAAUUUGUGAUGAGGCAAGACCAGGCAAAUGGUCUCAAAUGAGAAUAUUGGUGUUAAUUAUUGUAUACC